ACUCGAAACGGAAUAACCAAGAUGGCAUGCAAUAGCAGAAUAACAUGGCCAAUCAGAUCUACCCGAUCUACCGCCACUCUUAUUCUACCUCUACGUAAAGAGGAAGAAACAAAUAAAUCGCUUUUUCAUAUUCCGUUAUUAAUUAUUUAUUUCAUUCUGUGAAGUAAUAAUUAGAAAUAAAUGGGAAAUACUGGUACAAUCGAAAAUGCCGAUAUUGUUUGAUAUAUAUUCAAUUGUUUAAUUGUGGUUAUUGGAUUUUUUUUGUUCAAUGUCUUUCUUCCUCAAUAGAUUGUCAGAGAUUUCCAACAUGCUUAACUCAGGUUCUAAGAUGAUAAAAGGAAUUCUAGUAACUUUUGUUGUGUCAGAAAUAAUAUGGCAGUGGCAUAAGAGACGUUCUCGAAAGCAAAUGAUUCCUGAAGGGACUACUUCAAAUGGCCAUGCGAUGCAGCUUUAUAACACAGAGACAGAAAUCUUUGAAGUCAUGUUCUUUUCAAAUGACUCCAAAUUCUGUCGAUCACAUCUGGCAAGCAUGAAACCAUGUGCAAAGCAGAAUUGUGCAAUACUGAACUUAAAGAAGAUUAUAAAUUAUUUGGAUUCUGCAACUGCUACUUUGGACAUAUGUAUAUAUUUCUUUACGUUCCCAGAGUUAGCAGAGGUGAUAAUAAAAGCCAAAAAGAGAAAUGUUGUGGUAAGGAUGAUAUUGGAUGAGUCCAUGGCAGCUAAUGAUACAAGUCAAAUAAUGAACUUUUACAAAGAAGGCAUUAAACCAAAAUCAAAAAAGUUAGAUAGCUUGGUGCAUCAUAAAUUUGUCAUUAUUGACAAUAACAUUUUGAUAACAGGCAGUAUAAACUGGACAAGAACAGCAUUUUUUGGAAACUUUGAGAAUGUGUUAGUGACUAAUAAAUCGGUAAUAGUUAAACCAUUUAUAAACGAGUUUGAAAAAAUAUGGACGAUGAUUAAUGCGGUAAUUACAAAAUAUGAUUCUAGAAAUUAAAAUGUACAUUAGUACUUUAUAUUGACCAAAAUUUUUUAUUUAAAUUAAGUAAGAGGAAGAAUAUUUUUUACUUUAUACUUUCACUUAUCUUUUUUUUUUAUAAUAUGUCAGAAGUCGCUUUUUACCUUUUCUUUUUUAAUAUGUCAGAAGUCAUUUAUACUUUUUCUUUUUUGGUAUGUUAGAAGUCAAGAAAUUUUGACUUGUGAUGUUUAAUUUGUGUAGUUUACAAUACAAACAUAUAAGAAAAUAUUUUAUAGUGACAUUUAAUUUUUACGAAUGCAGUUUUGCAUUUGUAGUAUUGUUACAUUUUUCUAUGAUAAAGACAUUUCCUAAUGUAGGAAAAUAAAAAUAUUUUGUAUACACAAAGUUAAAAAUAUACAAAUAUUUGUCUGACUA